CCUGUCAAGAGCUCCGGUUGAAAGGUUAGAGGACUAGAAAGGCGUUUGAAUUUCGUGGAGCGAAAAGUAGUACAACUUUAAGCGCCAGCUGAUGUCGAAGAGGAAAGCCGAAGAUAUUCUAUCGUGUUGCCCCACCAGCAAACGCUUCAUUUCCCUGUUUGUCGACUGUAAGAGCGUGAACCCGCUGCUCAGCCGCGAGCGGACGAAGAGGAAGCUGCACGAGGCCGAGCUGGGUCCGCAGCCCGACUACAAGAGAGUGGAAGGCGCGAGUCGCGGCCCGAAUCCCUGGGACCGGAGCGCGAGCCGCGGCCCGAAUCCCUGGGACCGGAGCGCGAGCCGCGGCCUGAAUCCCUGGGACCGGAGGGCGAGCGGCGCCGCCUGGGCACCGGCUGUGCGGGAGACGGGGACGCAGGAGCGCCGGGGCAACCGCACAAGCAGUAGCAGCUUCACUGGCUCUGCGCUUCCAGCUGCACGGCCGCCAAAUGUCCCAGGGGAUGAAGUGUCUUCUCAGUACAAUUCAUUUCAGUUUUGGAGAGUUCCUUUACCUAAAAUUGAGUUGGCUGAGAUUGAGGAUAUUGGGGAUAUGAAGAUGAUUGAAGAAAUGAACUGUGAUAUUCCAGAAGAGGCAACAGAAAUAGAGAUGGAACUACAAAACUGAGAUUGUGAUAAUGUUUAAGAAUAAAAUUGUUUCCAUGUUUUGAAAUAAAUAAUGCUAGUUUUUGCUGGUGGAAAGAGGAGAUUGCAGUAGCCAUCUUUGUUUUUUUGUAGAAAUGUUCAUUCUUAUGACUGACAAAUUUUUGUAUAUAGCAUGUCUUGUGCUUUGCAGUAUUUGGGGAGGAAUUUGGGUUUUUUAAAGGAACGGUACUGUACAAAGAUGCAUGUAAUCCUACUAUAAAGUUGUAAAUAAAUGGGUCUUCAAAAUCUGA